UUUUUCCCCCUCAGCAUCUUCUACCAAUGUCAUGGCUCCCACAGAGGCUAUCCAGGGCCAGGCAGCCUCUGAUACACCGGUGCGGACCCCGGGGCCCUCAUCUGCUCCGGACUCGAGCCCAUUGACGUCCUCAAAUAGGAGCUCCAUGCCCGCCUCCACAGCCGGAGGCACAGCGACCAGACAGCCGACCACGCCUUCUCUCCCUCCCAGAACACCAUACGCCAACGUUGGACCAUUGCCCCCUGGAUGGGAGCAGAGAGUGGAUCAGAAUGGCAGGUUGUAUUACGUGGAUCACAUUGAAAAGAGAACAACAUGGGAACGUCCUGAGCCGCUCCCCCCUGGGUGGGAGCGUCGUUUUGAUCAGAUGGGCCGUGUCUACUUUGUUGAUCACAUCACCCGAACUACCACAUGGCAGCGGCCCACGGUGGAGACGGUGCGUAACUAUGAACAGUGGCAACACCAGCAGAGCCAGCUGCAGGGCGCCAUGCAGCAGUUCAACCAGAGGUUCAUCUAUGGGGUUCAAGACCAGGCGGCAGCUUCUCAGAAUAAAGAGUUUGAUCCUCUUGGCCCUCUGCCUGCUGGAUGGGAAAAGAGGACAGAUGGCAACGGAAGAGUUUACUUUGUCCAUCACCAGACCCGCUCAACUCAGUGGGAGGACCCUCGAACGCAGGGAUUACUGAACGAGAAGCCGCUUCCUGAAGGCUGGGAGAUGAGAUUCACCGUGGAUGGCAUUCCUUAUUUUGUAGACCACAACAGGAGAACGACCACCUACAUUGACCCUCGCACGGGGAAAUCCUCUCUUGAAAAUGGACCACGGAUCACUUAUGUUCGAGACUUCAAAGCCAAAGUUCAGUAUUUCAAAUUCUGGUGCCAGCAACUGUCUUUGCCUCAACAUGUUAAAAUCACAGUAACGAGGAAAAACCUCUUUGAGGAUUCUUUCCAGCAGAUAAUGAGCAUUAACCCUCAGGAUUUGAGAAGGAGGCUUUGGAUCAUCUUCCCAGGAGAGGAAGGCCUUGACUACGGAGGCGUUGCCAGGGAGUGGUUCUUCUUGUUGUCUCAUGAGGUUUUGAACCCCAUGUAUUGCCUGUUUGAAUACGCUGGUAAAGAUAACUAUGGUCUCCAAAUCAACCCUGCUUCAGACAUCAACCCCGACCACCUCAAGUAUUUCAGGUUCAUUGGACGAUUCAUUGCAAUGGCUCUUUUCCACGGCAAGUUCAUCGACACUGGUUUCUCUCUGCCAUUUUACAAACGGAUGCUCAACAAACCUUUGACACUCAACGAUCUGGAGUCAAUAGAUCCUGAGUUUUAUAACUCCCUCAUGUGGAUUAAGGACAAUAACAUCGAGGAGUGUGGAUUGGAAAUGUUCUUUUCAGUUGAUAAGGAAAUGCUUGGAGAAAUAUCCACCCAUGAGCUUAAAGAAGGCGGGGGAGACAUCCAAGUUACCGAGGAAAACAAGGAGGAGUACAUCAAGUUGGUAGCAGAGUGGCGGCUGUCCAGAGGAGUGGAAGAACAGACGCAAGCAUUCUUUGAGGGCUUCAAUGAGGUCCUCCCUCAGCAGUACCUGCAGUAUUUUGAUGCUAAAGAGCUCGAGGUCAUGCUGUGUGGCAUGCAGGAACUGGAUCUGGGGGACUGGCAGAACAACACCAUCUACAGACACUACACUCGGACCAGCAAACAGGUCGUCUGGUUCUGGCAGUUGAUGAAGGAGAUGGACAACGAGAAGCGGAUGCGGCUGCUGCAGUUUGUCACCGGCACUUGUCGUCUGCCUGUGGGAGGUUUCGCCAACCUUAUGGGGAGCAACGGGCCACAGAAGUUCUGCAUUGAGAAGGUGGGAAAGGAAAACUGGCUGCCCAGAAGUCACACAUGCUUCAACAGAUUGGACUUGCCACCCUAUAAGAGCUAUGAACAACUCAAGGAGAAGCUGAUGUUCGCCAUUGAGGAGACGGAAGGAUUUGGACAGGAGUGAAAGAGGGAGAUGAAGUGGGAAAACCCCAUCAAUGUUUAAAUCGGGGAGCGCCAGCCUGCAGAAGCAGCAGGUGUUUGGAAGAGGCGACACUCGUCUGCAUGCACCAGCUGGUGAGAUGGCUGCCAGCAUGUGCAGUAUUCUGAAUCGGGGAAGUCCUCUUACAGCAAACCUCUCAUGGCUUCAUGAGCCGGAGCAGAAUUUCGUAUUCUUUCAAAACCAAAAUCCAAAGGCUGCCUUCCAAACACAGUCGUCAUGUCAACGAGAGAAACUCAUGAGCGCAAGGGCAUGAUCUGAGACGUAGAGGGUGUGGCUUUAAGUUUUCAACUCGGCUAAGUUCCCCCAAAAUGAGUUGCUUUCUAAUGAGUCUGAACUAAUGAUUUAAAUGAAUCUUCCUCUCUUAAGUUAACAUUAAUGACUUUCAAAAGCUUCAAUAACAGACAAUCUUGGUGCUUCAGAGAUUUGGGAUUCUUUGCUUUCGUUUUGCGCUCUCUGGAUUAUGUCAUGUUUCGAGUCUGUGAAUCGAUGAAUGAUUGUGAACAGUGUUGUAACCGCCAUUAUUUUUUUUUUAAUGGUGGUGGCAAAUGUUAUAAAAACCAUUUAACUGGCCCUAGUUUUAUAGGGUCGGAGUCUGCACACUGUGAUCUGUAAUAACAGGAUAAUAAUAUGGAUUAGAGUUUUCUGGAAGAAUCUUAAUGUUAACAGCUUUAAUGAGUUUUUUUUGGUCUUUUAAUGUACAGAAGUAGUCUUAAUUAAACCAGUUACUUAAAAAUCCACAGAAGACCAGAAGAACGCUAAUACUACAUCAAACCAAAUAAAAUUUAAUCCUAUGAGGCAUUUUCAUUGCAACCCGGUUGUCUCUUUUAAACAUGUAGCAUUUGAAACAUGAACAAGUGUUUUCUUGCCUUAUUUUGACAUCUUUCACAACAGACCUCAAAAAAGAAGGGAUACAAAGGUUUUCAAAAGUCAGCAAUAACUGAGGAAAUUUAAAUCCCGCCUCUCUUUACACCUGUCAUUUGUAGCUUGUUCUGUCUGAACUUGUGAAAAAUAAUAUAUUUUAUCAUUACUCUGCAUUAAUGGGCACUCCUAGUGAAGAUGUGUGAAGCAGCUUUUAAAAUAAUUUUUUCAAUAACAUUUAGAGAAAUGUGUUUAGAGAUUACAUUUAAAAGUAAAGUGUAAAUUUAAAAAUGCUUGUGUUACAGCAUUUUAAAACGUUUAAGGAAACCAAUUGUGGUAAUUUUUAUAAACGAAAAAAUUACCACAAAAUAAUAUUUGAACAAGAGAUAUAAACUGAAUCCAUGUACAAAGAUUAAAGGUGAAUUUUCCAGA